AUGAACGCACCGGCAAAACCCGCGAUGAUGACGAUGGCCAGUACCAAUCGUAACCAGACGCCUUCGCCGCGGUCCAGCACGUCGCAGGAGAGCACGCACGACGCGCUGGCGCGCGUCGUGCGGUCUGGCGACGCCGGGCCUGCUAAGGCGAUGCGGUUCGUGGUCGCCCGGAUGUUCCAGGUCGAGGACCCCGGCGUGGUACGUGCCCUGCGUGCCGUCGACCUCGUGCUCGACCAGACGUACUCGGAGUCGCUGACGCUGCGUAAGCUCGGCGAUCUGACCUCCAAUCGGCAAUACCACUAUUUCAACACAGUGGCGCGGCAUCGCGACAUCAGCAGGUGUCCCGUUGCGGUUCUGGCGCUGUACGCGGUACAGCGAUGGGGCGGCGGCCGGCCCGCGGCGACGAUCCGGUUUGACAACUACAUGGACGUGCCGUUGCUCGGGGACGACGUUUGCGACGUUGCCGCCGGCGACGCCGUCGGCGACGCCGUCGGCGACGCUCCACCGCCGUCGCUGUCCAGCCAGGACUCCCCAGAGCUGUUUUCGCCCGAGCGCACCAGCGGGCCGUCGUCGACCUCCGUUUGGGGCCGCAACAAGAUGGCGCGCAUGCUCGAGCCGCCUGCAGCGCUUCUGUACGUGGUUUUCCCCUGGCUGUUGACGCUCAAGGACGAUCUCGAGCACCGCGAUCGCACCAACUACAACUUGCACUCUGUGUGCGAAUUAUUCGAGUUUCUCGCCAAAGUGGCGAUCCAGGAUUUCGCCUGGCUCGUCUGCAGCAAUGAUCUGCCGCGGUGGCAAGCUGUCAUGGUCGAUUGCGUACCGAAGCUUGCCUCUAAUGGGUCCUUUUUACAAUACCAGGCCAAGCUACAACCGCAAGUUCCGGGUCCAGCGGCGAGCCAGCCUCCAGGUCGCUCCUCUCAGCCGCAAUGGCGUGAAGAAAUUUUGUCGCGCGUCGAAGAUAGCUACAUCGAGAUUUCGCGCAGGUUCGCGCUCCACAAUCAGUCUGUAUCACACGAAAUUCAGGGCCUCAAGUCCGAGCUGGGUCAGCUGCGGCAACUCAUCUCCGAUCUCGUACAGUCCCAGAAGCAACUCUUGAACAAGCAUCGUUCCCAGUCCUUUGGUAGUAUGGGUAACGGAUCCUUGGCCAUGGAUAGAAACACUUUUGCUAGUAAUGCUAUCAAUGGCAUCGUUGGUGCUUCCGAGGAGCAAUCUCCCGCUGCAACGUCUCUGGCUCCUUUAAACAUGCUCCACUCGCUCAGCACAUCUGGAAUGCCCGAUUCCCAGAAACGAAAGCUACCAUUACCGGCAACUUCGGGGUUCUCGCCUCAACCAGCAGAUUCGCCUUUCAAAAGAUUCAAAUUCGAUGAAGCUCGACUCUCGCAACCUCCCAUCAACCCCACGGCCACUUUGGAUUCACUUCUCUCCAAGCCCAUGGGCAAUCAAGGGUUGAGUAUACCCUCUCUCAGCGGAUUGGGCGCCUCGGCUCAAAUUUCCUCCAACUAUUCGACUCCCGGAAACACAACACAACUGGCAUAUAGAAAUCCAGAUCAUCUGGAGCCCCACGAACCUUCUGGAGCGACCAGUGACGGUGAUGCUGCUAACGAGGCCUUCAAAUAUAAACUUUCGCGUGAUAACAAAACGGUAUGGGAUUUGUACAACGAAUGGUACGUCGGUUUAGGUGGAAAUCCGUCCAUCAAGUCUCUUAUAGAGAUGUAUGGCUGGAGAAGAUGGAAAGUAAAUGACGAUUCCCAUUUCUUCCCGACAAGACGCAUCAUAAUAGACUACAUCGAACGAGAAUGCCAAAGAGGUCUGCGUCACGGUCGAUUUGUAAAUACGGACCGCGAAGCGAUUCGGAAAGUGGUUACAGAAGACCUCGAGAAAUUUAGAGUAGCCAACGGACUCAGCCUUAACAGUUUGUCCAUGUACAUUCGAAACCUAACGAGGAGGAACGCAGAGAUAUGCAUAUACAGUAAUUUCCAAGAUUGGGCAAUUACAUUGCUAAGCGAAGACAUCAAGAAUAAAUUCUGCAGAAGGCACCACCAUCGACAUCGCCCAGAAAUGAACUAA